AUGUUUGCUUUUAGAGUAUCUCGAGUGUUAUUCUAUGGACCAACUGGCCCUCGUAAAUACUUAGCCCUCAAACAUUUUUUUAAUCAACCCCAAUUGCAGCGCUGCAUUUCAUCGACAGGUGUCAAAAAGGAUUCAAAUCGAAUUGGUGAUUGUCAGUACAUCGAAUGCACAGCAGAAAGUUCUUACCAAGCUGCUGACAAUGAAAAUCUUCUAUUCGAGGAAUCACAUGAGGGAAAAAAUAAAGGAGAAAUUCCCUCUGGCAGUUCCAUAAACUCGCAUGAAAGUGAUGGACAAUUUAAAAUUCCAGAUCCCCUUCAAGGCAAGAUCUAUUCAAUUAUUGGCCCAAUAGUUGAUGUGUUUUUCGAAAAUGAACUUCCUGGAAUAUUGAAUGCGCUGGAAGUCAGUGGAACGCCAACGAGACUGGUUCUAGAAGUUGCACAGCAUGUCGGCCCAAAUUUAGUGCGAACAGUAGCUAUGGAUUCCACUGAAGGAUUACGGCGUGGGCAGGAGGUCGUUGAUUCUGGCUAUCCUAUUCGAGUACCCGUGGGGACUAGUACAUUGGGCCGAAUACUCAAUGUUGUUGGAGACCCAAUUGAUGAACGUGGGCCUAUUCAAUCCGACUACUAUUCUUUCAUUCACGCCGAGGCUCCUGAACUACUCGAUCAAAAUGUUGAAUUGAAUAUUCUGGAAACAGGAAUAAAGGUUGUUGACUUACUUGCACCUUAUGUGAAAGGUGGGAAAAUUGGCUUAUUUGGUGGGGCUGGUGUUGGAAAAACAGUUCUCAUAAUGGAGCUAAUUAACAACAUCGCCAAAAAGCACGGUGGAUAUUCUAUAUUUGUUGGAGCCGGAGAAAGGACUCGUGAAGGAAACGAUCUGUAUCAUGAAAUGAUCGAAUCUAAAGUCAUAUCACUUGAAGAUAAUACUUCAAAAGUUGCACUUGUUUAUGGACAAAUGAACGAGCCACCAGGGGCGAGAGCGCGUGUAGCUUUAACUGGACUCACUCUCGCCGAACAUUUUCGAGACUUCGAAGGUCAAGAUGUUUUAUUAUUUAUUGACAACAUUUUUAGAUUCACGCAAGCAGGAUCAGAAGUGUCGGCUCUACUUGGCCGUAUACCCUCAGCAGUGGGUUACCAACCAACUCUUUCGACUGAUAUGGGUUCGAUGCAAGAACGUAUUACAAGCACUACAAAAGGUUCAAUUACUUCUGUGCAAGCUGUUUACGUUCCUGCUGAUGAUUUAACUGAUCCUGCGCCUGCAGCAACAUUUUCCCAUUUGGAUGCUACUACUGUACUUUCAAGAAGCGUAGCUGAACUUGGUAUUUUUCCCGCCGUAGACCCCUUGGACUCAAAUUCGAGAAUUUUGGAUGCAACCGUUGUCGGUGAUGAUCAUUACAACGUAGCAAGGACUGUACAGAAAACACUACAAAGCUAUAAAUCAUUGCAAGAUAUAAUUGCAAUUUUGGGCAUGGAUGAGCUCUCGGAAGAAGACAAGCUUACUGUAGCAAGAGCACGAAAAAUCCAAAGAUUCUUGUCGCAACCAUUUCAUGUUGCUGAAGUUUUUACCGGACAUAAAGGCGUGUCUGUUGAAAUUAAAGAUACAAUUGAUGGCUUCAAAAAGAUUCUUAAUGGAGAUAUGGAUGAUAUACCAGAAGUAGCCUUUUACAUGGUUGGUACUAUCAGUGAUGUCAUUGAGAAGGCUAAAGUUCUAGUGAAACAAGCUGGACCAAUGACCACAACUAAGGCACCGGCCAUUAAAAUUGAAAAUAAAGAAGAAACAAGUACUGAAAACUCUGAAGCAGAAAAAGAAAAAUAAAAACCAACGAAAAUUACUCUAAACAAAGAAAAUGAAGAAGUAAGUCCUGAAACAACUAUACCAGAACAGAAAAUCAAACCGGUACCAAACAAGGAAACGG